AUGGCGCUCCCUCUACCUCCAAUCCUUUCCCCCCAGGAGGCCGCUCAAUACGGCCGGACCCUCGCACCAUACGUGUUCUCGUCGCAAAUCCUCGAACUACCGUCGCGCGUCAUUGACGCCGCCAACAGCACAGAUGUCUUACACAGCUUCCAAGAGCUCUACCUAGGGACAAACCCGAUGUUGACUGCGAUCGCAUUUGCGCUCGCUCUCUGCCCCUUUUUUGUUCUUGCCGCUGAGAUUCGCAACAAUUACUCGCAGGUGGAUUGUUGGUGGCCGAUUUUGCCUUCGAUUUACAACCUGCAUUUCUAUGCAUGGGCGUAUGGAAAUGGAUUGCCGACUGAUCGGCUGCAAACCGUUGGAGUGAUUAGUGUUUUGUGGACUGUCCGCUUGACAUACAACUACUGGCGCAAAGGCGGGUACAGCUGGGGCGCCGAAGACUACCGGUGGCCCAUACUGCGCGAGCAAGUCAACAAUCGCUUCCUCUUCUUCUUGUUCGACGUCACAUUCAUCGCGCUCACCCAAUCGCUAUUAUUGUGUGCUGUUACCGCGCCGACUUACCUCUUCACUCUGCUCGCCCAAUUGCCCAAGACCGGCUCAACAUUCGAUGUCGCGGAUCUCGUAUUUUCGCGCCUUUUGUUCUUCUACAUCUUGAUCGAGAUCGUUGCAGACGAGCAACAAUGGCGCUAUCAGCAGGCUAAGUAUAAAUACCGCGACACCGGCAUCGUCACCGAGGGAUACGACAAGGAGGACCUCGAGCGCGGUUUCGUCGUCUCUGGUCUAUGGUCGUAUAGCCGUCACCCCAAUUUCGCCGCUGAACAGGCCAUCUGGCUUACUUUAUACAUUUGGUCGGCAUACAAGACCGAAACGUACGUCAACUGGGCUGGUGUCGGUGCGCUGGGCUAUCUGGCGCUGUUUCAGGGUAGUACCUGGUUGACAGAGAAGUUGAGUGCUGGGAAAUACCCUGAGUAUGCGGAGUAUCAGGCUCGUGUCGGGAGAUUCAUUCCGCGGUGGUCUGUGAAUGCGAAGGGGCAGAAGAAGGCCAAUGCGGAGGCUAAGAAGAUUGAGGGAAAGAAGAAGGAGUAA